AUGUGGAUGCUCCUUCCCCUGAUCACCUUGGGUUUGGCAGAGACCACAGACCCUUUGACAGAUUUUGAAAGCAUAGCUGGGAAGUUGGUUUUCUAGCAGAUGGACGGAAACGCCACCAAUGUGAGGGACACGGGAGAACUGGCUUCAGGUGUUCCCACUGAGACCAUGUUUGAACUCUUCGAUCCCCAAAAGAAUUUCAGCACAGCAAAGUUCACCUAUACAUGGGACUUAGGGAACGGAGAGGUGAUCAAGGGGGCUGAGCCGGUGGCUCGCUAUCAUUACUCAGAAUCAGGAAACUAAACUCUGCGGCUGAAAGUAGGAGUGCCCAAAUAUGCACCUCUAAGUACUGACGUCUACUCCACGGAUGUCCAAGUGCUUGAUGCCAUUAAACACAUCGAGCUGAAUGGGCUUCCGAUUAUAAGGUGUCUCAGAACACCAGUUUGGCUUUUCAUGUUGAUGGAAGUCCUCCCAUACAGGUGUGCUGGCGUUUCCUGCCCAACUGUGUGCCGGACAUGAUUGGGGGCUGCACGCUGACAGUGCUGUAUGAAAACACCCUGCGACUGAACCACA